AUGGCUCAUCUAACACGGGAAGAAGUCCUCAAGUCGGGUGAGGUGUCCGAAAUAUACAGAAAGGCCUUCACAGCCCGCCCAUUCCAAACAACAGGCCCAGACUUCUUCGCCCACCGCGCCUCCCGCGCAGCCCACCUCUCGCAGCUCCGCCACCUGUACCCCAUCCCCGGCCCCAUUCCAGAGCACGUAACAGAAAGCCUCCACGACGUGCCCACCCGAGAUGGAGCCUCCAUCCGCGUCAAAGUGUACCAGCCUGUUGCGGGUCCGCCGGAGGAUGGCAGCCCACUGAUUAUGAUGUACCACGAAGGAGGCUGGAGUAUGGGUGAUUUAACGGAUGAAGAUAUGAAUUGUAGGAUGUUUACGAGGGAUUUGGGGGCUGUCUGUGUUAAUGUUGAGUAUCGUCUAGCACCCGAGCACAAAUUCCCAACCGGCAUCCAUGACUGCCACGACGCCCUCCUCUGGGCCAUCAAAAACAGCGCCUUACUCAACGCAACACCCACCCGCGGCCUCCUCGUAGGCGGCGCCUCAGCCGGCGGCAACAUCGCCGCCGUUCUUGCUCUUCUCGCCCGAGACACAGCUUUAAACCCACCCAUAACGGGACAGUACCUCUGCGUCCCCGCCCUCCUCCCCCACACAAACGUCCCAUCCCACCUCCUCCCCCUCUACCAAUCCCGCACUUCUAACAUAUUCGACCCCGUCCUCAAAGACAUGGCACCAGGAUUCAUCGAACCCAUCUACGAACCCCAGGAAAAGUCCCCGCUUUGGGACCCGUACAACCAUCCAGAUGGACAUAUGGGUGUCGCGAGGGCGUUUUUCCAGGUUGGCGGCUUGGAUCCGUUGAGAGAUGAGGCGGUGCUUUACGACAGGAAACUGAGGGAGAGUGGGGUCCUGACGCGGUUUGAGCUGUACAAAGGGUUUGGACAUAUGUUCUGGACGAACUAUCCCGAGUUGGAGGAGAGUAAGGAGUUUAGCAAGGACACGUUGGAGGGGGUCAGGUGGUUGUUGGAGAGGUAG